AUGGCCAGCACCAAGCCGUUGACGAUGCUGGCACGCAGCCGCCCAGCCGCACCUUUCCUACGGCCCUCGCAAUUCGCGUCUGCACGCCUCCCCUCGCCCGCCACCGUCGCCUUCUUUUCCACCACGCUCUCGAGAGCCGCCACUCCUGCAGGCCCACCGCCACCAGGCUUUCGGUUACCCCGGCCCAAGCGAUGGGAUGAGGGUGAAGCUGCAUUGGACCGCGCGGGCAAGUACUUCUUGCUCUUAGAGAUGUUCCGCGGCAUGUAUGUGUCGCUAGAGCAGUAUUUUCGACCACCGUACACGAUUUUCUACCCAUUCGAAAAGGGCCCAGUCUCCCCCCGCUUCCGAGGCGAGCACGCUCUGCGACGGUAUCCCACGGGUGAGGAGCGCUGCAUUGCCUGCAAGCUUUGCGAAGCUAUUUGCCCUGCACAAGCGAUCACAAUCGAGGCUGAGGAGCGCAUGGACGGUAGCAGGAGGACCACCCGAUAUGAUAUUGACAUGACCAAGUGCAUCUACUGUGGUCUUUGCCAAGAGAGCUGUCCCGUCGAUGCCAUCGUGGAGGGACCCAAUACCGAGUACGCAACUACAACCCGAGAAGAGCUUCUAUACAACAAGGAGAAACUGCUCUCGAACGGUGACAAGUGGGAGCCUGAGCUAGCCGCAGCUGCUCGUGCAGAUGCGCCCUACAGGUAA